AUGAAGAAAGCUAAAGACGGGGCCACAAGAAGACUCAGGAUCGCUAGUGUUCUCUGCUUGUUUUUCAUGACUGUGGAAUUUGUAGGGGGAUAUUUUGCCAACAGCCUCGCUAUCAUGACGGACGCAGCUCACUUGCUGUCGGAUUUCGCGGGUUUCAUGAUCUCGUUGUUAGCUCUGUGGGUGGCAACCAAGCCCGCCACUACGACUCUGUCUUUUGGCUGGCAUCGCGCAGAGGUGAUGGGUGCAGUCAUGUCCGUUCUGUUCAUCUGGGUAUUAACUGGAGUCUUAGUUUACCUAGCAGUUCAAAGAAUCCUCACUAAACAAUAUGAAAUAGAUGCCCAAGUCAUGUUACUAACUGCGUCAGCGGGCCUCAUUAUAAACAUCCUAUUAGGUGUCAUACUUCAUCAGAAAGGCCAUGGACACAGCCACGGAUCCCAUCCUAAAAAAAAGAAAGGCAAAACGAAAAAGUCCCAAGUCUCACCAUCAAGUUUCAUCAUUUUAGAAGAAGAGGAAAAUGUAAAUGUGCGAGCGGCGUUUAUUCACGUACUAGGCGACUUCUUACAAAGUAUAGGCGUAUUUAUAGCAGCUCUUCUUAUUUGGUUUAAGCCUUCAUGGGCCAUCGCAGACCCUAUAUGCACAUUUGUAUUCUCUCUGAUAGUUUUAGGAACCACAUUAGCUAUUUUGAAAGAUGCUUUAAUUGUGCUCAUGGAGGGAGUUCCAAAAGGGUUGAAUUUCCACAUUUUAAAAGCAAGCCUCUUAGACAUCCCGGGAGUAUUAGCUGUUCAUGAUCUUCACGUAUGGUCCCUAACAGUGGGAACGACUGCCAUAGCGGUUCAUCUUGUCAUAGAUGAUAGCUGUAGUUCACAAGCAGUUCUGGAAGAAGCGUCACGAAUCUGCAGUCAAGAAUUCGACAUACAGCAUAGUACAAUACAAGUCGAGACAUCGAGCGAGAAAACUGCCGAGUGUAUUCAAUGCGACGAACCUAGCAAGUGACAGCGUUACAGCACGUGAGGGAUCUUGGGAAAUAUAGCCGCUGGACGGCGGAAGGCACGAACUUCGACUCUUAUGAAGAUGUAGGUCAUAUGAUCGAGCUUGUUCCAGCUUAUGCUUUGAGAAGAUUCAGCAAAAAUAGCUCAAGUUGGUCAUUUGAAAUUCGUGUCAAUCUUCGGCCACUCGACUCUUUUACAUUCUUGCUCAGUCUUUCUCGUUAUUAUACC